CAUGCUGUGACGCUGCGCUGGUGCAUUCCGAGGGUGUUUGCAGCAGAACCCAACUAAGCCCCAUUUCGGGCAUCUUUGGCACUAGCUGUGGAUCCUUGUGGGCUCCUCAUGUGGGAAGGCCAGGCUGGAAGGCCCAAACACCCAGGCAGGGCAGGAGAGGACCCACCUCGCCAGGGCGAAAUGACGCUGGUCCCCGAACAGGCCAUCCAGAUGGCCACCCUGGGCCGCCCGUUCCAGCUGGGGAUGCUGUACGACCUCCGAAACGACGCCCUCGUCCCAGGCAUCACCUUAUGGGACCCCGGAGUUUUAACCAGGAAUAUCGACACCCGGCUGCAAGCCACUACAGAAACCCAGGUGAUCGCCUUUGAUAAGAUCAGCGACAAAGCCCAUGCGCUGAACAUCUCAGCCGCCCUCAAGGCAAGCUUUCUUGGAGGGCUGGUGACGGUGGAUGGAGCAGCCAAAUAUCUCUGUGACACCCCAAAAUCGACCUACCAGGCCCGUGUGGCCCUCAAGUACUCGGCCACCACUCACUUCAAGCAAAUGACCAUGCGCCAAAUCGGGCAGCAGCACAUCAUGUACCCAGAGGUCUUUGACCAAGGCAUUGCCACCCACGUGGUUGUUGGGAUUCUGUAUGGAGCCAAUGCCUUCUUCAUCUUUGACCAGAUGGCGUCCUCCUCGGACAGCUUGCAGAAUAUUCAAGCCAAGCUCCACGUCAUGGUGACCAAGAUGCCUUUGCUGUCCUUCGCCAAGGCAGGACACGGCGGAGAGAUCUGCCUGGAUGAGCAAGAAAAGACCGCCGUGGAGAAGUUCAGCUGCAUCUUCUAUGGGGAUUUUGCCCUUGACCGCAACCCAACAACCUAUGAGGAUGCCUUAAGGAUAUAUUCCAAACUUCCCAAAAUGUUGGGAAGCGAUGGGGAGAAGUCUGUGCCCAUAACGGUGUGGCUUUUCCCCCUGAGCCGGUUGAAUUCAAGGGCCACCCGGCUGGUUCGCGAGGUCAGUUCCAAAGUGAUCUCCGACACUGAGAAGGCCCUGGAGAAACUCAUGGAACUUGGCAAGCGGUGUAACGACCUACUCAGGGACAGCAUUUCAACCAUCUUCCCGGAAAUCCUGCAGAAAAUCUUCUGUUUCAAAGACUUGUGUGAGGAGUACCGGCUUGGCCUACAGAGACAGCUGGCCGAGGUCUUGCCCUCCAUCCGUGGCGGAGGAGCCAGGGAGGAUGUCCUGCUGAGCAUUUUGAGAAAGAAUGAGCAAUCGGCCUUCAGCACCUCCUCGCUCAACAAAUUCCUGGAUCUGAAGUAUCGUGAGAUGUAUUUUGUCAAAUUCUUCCUGGGCCUGUCGAAAGGUAAGGUCUCCUCCCAGGAUGACCUAGUGAAAAGGGUUCUCGACCCAAGAAUUGAUGCUGUGAUCGCCUACACCUUUACGUCUCUGCAAGCGAGGGAACCCUUCCUGGAAAAGCUGAAUGCUCUCCUGGAUCAGGCCUCCGGCUCUGUGCCCACGGCUUCGGUAAAGGAGGAGGACCCGACUCCCUGGUUUGAGGACAAAAAGGUCUUGGAGAGAGCCCAGAACGCAGCCCUGGUGUUUGCGGGAUUCUCCCUGGACCAUCAGCCGGUGCAGAUCCGCUUCCUCGUGACCUCCAAGCCCGACGAGAGCAACCCGGGCGCGGAGAUCUUCCGGUACUGCAGUGGGUCCCUGGAAGGAACCAAGCUGGAGGUCCUGUCCAAGCCCCUCCCACCCCUCAUUGACGCUGUGUCCUAUGACCGGUUCCAGCUGACCUUCCAGCCAGCCGAGCCAGAGAAAGGGGUGAUAACGGGUUACUACGUCCGGCACAGGGUCCUGGGGGAGGAGACGUGGGAGUUUGCCUAUGUAAAAGGGACAGAGGAAACGUUUUGGGUGACGGGGCUGGAAGCAAAGACUAAAUACGAAUUUCGGUAUGCCGUGGAGAGCAAACUGGGACUCAGUCAGUUCAGUGAUGGGAGCAGAGUGGUGGAGACCACCCUCCGUUCAAGCCCCCCAGGGAAACCGACCCUGGUGUUGGGGGGCUCCUGCUUUGGCUUUCAAGUCCAAAUUAUCUGGAGCAACCCCAGCUUUGUGGCUGAUGGCAUUGCUAUAAAGGAAUACAAGCUCCGCUACCGGAAACGAGCCGAAGGUGGGUGGUUCGAACACAAGACCGGGGGAAAAACCGAGAGCGUGUGGAUGUCCAGGGCCAUCGUAAGGAACAUGGUGGCCCUGCAGGUGAUCGCCGUCUAUGAAGACAGAUUGGAAAGUGACCCCAGCGAGGAGGCCCUCUGGGGAGACUUUUAGGAGGUACGCAGGUAGCACUCCUGCGCUUUGGCGCACUGCGACCUGGUGG